CAAUGGAUCUAACCUGACAGUCCAAGAAGGAAUUCCCGUUGUGCUUACCAUUGAAGUGACUGGACCGCUAACAACUGAAAUUUCUGCAACGUAAGUCAACUAACUUUUGCUUCAACGGCAUCGUUUCACGUACUGUACAUUAAUGAGUUUGCGCAAAAAUAUCCAGAAAAUUGUUGUAUCGCUCACUAAUUCAUUAACGUGUUUGAAUUAUGUGUUAACUUGGGUCAUAUGCAUGUAGCAAGUUCAGUUAUUCACAUAAUAAUGUCAAAUAAACCUAGCACAACUUUAUGCAAAACAUGCAUGUGUUGUGUAAGUUGCAUGAAAAAUCACUAUUAAAGUAAACUGAUUCAUGAAGAAAUUAGAUAGUUUAAUAAGGAUAAAUAGAAAAGAAACAUGCAGUUUUGAUCGACAUAUAAUUGUCUGUCUUAGUUUUUCAACGCAUGCAGUCAUAAUUGUAAUAUAAAUUAAAAGACCUAAGUUAAAACAUUGAAAAAGUACUUCCCAAUUGUUACAAAAUAUGACUAGAAAAUACAUGCAUGCAGAAACCCUCGCCUUGCUGACAAAACCAUUGUAUUUUCCGAACAUGGAGUAUAUAUCCAAAGUUGUUGUUAUGGUAACACGAUAAUUUUUUAAGAAUAUUAAUCGCCUAAUAUCACUUUUAAUUACAAAAUUAUCAAUUUCCCAACAUAUAUAUGUUAGGUAUGUUAUUAUACGGAAUAUAAGCUUCAAUUUAAGGUAAUUAAAAUGUUCUUUAUAAAACAGUAUUAAAACUACCCUGGGUGCCAGAGGUUCUUCCAAGCUGGAAGGGGGGAUAAUGAGGGAUACACGAGGAUUCGAGCUGGGAGGCGGCGAGCGGGAAGAACCUCUGGAACACUUCUAUGGUUUCUCAGAUCGAACCGCACCAAUCACGAUGCUUAAUAGUGUGACGUGAUCCGGAAUCUGGAUCACAGUAUUAAUUGGUUAACGGCAGGGACUUGUUAAAACAAUGACUUUCAUUAGCAGUUUGAACCGUAUGUCCUUCAAGAUAUUAUCGUUCAGAAUCCGUACAGGCAUACGCUGUUGUUUAAUAUAAUAAUAUUAUAUUUAUAACAUAGUCAGGCGUAAAUAUAUAUGCCUCUAGUUUUGCGAGUCUUGCGAGAGGAUUUCAACAACUCGGUCGCGGUUGAUUCGAUUUUGAAUUUUUUUACUGGACGGUGUUACAAAACUCAAUAAACAUCAAGAUGAUGCCUUGUUUCUGUGUUUCAGUUAAUGCAUCGCCGUGAUAUGUUUGCUAUAUUGCCAAGAGGGAAUUUCGUGUGCGUGGCUGUCUAGUAAUCAAGCAUGUCAAGACAAGAUGGGAGUCUUUAUAGGCCUAUUUAUAUCGAGGCGAAUUACCCGGCAAGUCGAGUUUAUCAAGUCGUCAACGACAAGAUCCCGGCUAUAUUAUAGAAACUUAUAGUAAAUCCGGGGGACUGUCUACAUGUAGUAAAGAGUAUAAACUCGCCAGUUACGAGUUCCCGGAGAAAGAGGCGAGAUAUUGCUUUCGGCGAUAUGAAUAGUUACCAUAUUAUAAACAAAAGAUGUUCGGGUAUUUGUUAACUCGGCCGCCCGAGAUCGAAUGUAUGUGUAUAAAUGUAUGUGCUUUGCAUUUGAAAUAUAAUAUAUUGUUCAAAAAUACAUACGAAUCAUUAGUUAAGUUUUAUUCGCCAAUUGCAGAGUAACUCGCCUUCGAUAUAAACAGGGCCUUGGACGGCAAAUAUUCGUUUGUAUUAUAUGAUGAACAAGAAAUGCUUCAAAGUUCAAUCUACCGAGGCGACGAUCCUUUUACUGUAUAUACUAACUCCCCACUGUGAAUAACAAAUUCACCACAAACUCGACAAUACUCGUCUCCGCUUUUUUGUAACACUUUUGACAGGUGUACGGUCUAAUGCCAUGUGGCCAUAUAAUAUUAUUCGGUGUAUUUUACUAUAAAGACUCGCUAAUUUUAAUUUUUUGUUUUGAAAUUGACACAUUCUGUCGCAAUUUCCAUCGCUCAAAUGUUCGGUUGAACACGCCCAAAUCAUCAUCAGUCAAAAAUAAAUACGGUCCUAUUGGCUAACGUUUGAUUGACAUGUGACAGUUAAAACAGUAAAAGCCAUAGAAGUGUUCCAGAGGUUCUUCCCGCUCGCCGCCUGCCAGCUUGAAUCCUCGUGUAUCCCUCGUUAUCCCCCCUACGAGCGUGGAAGAACCUCUGGCACCAAGGAUAUAUUAAAACUUCCUUUAAUUCAGUUAAAAUGGCUUUAUCGAUAAACUUUGAGUUUGCAAUAAAAUGAUUUCAAAUUCUCGCAUGCAAAUAACUUUGCUAUCUUUUUUAUUUAAAAAAUUCAAUAUAGGCCUAAUAAAAAAGGGAAUCAAUAUUAUUAAUACACUGAAAUUAUAUGCUGUCUUGUUUUAUUAGUUGUUUCAUAUACGCAAAGUCAAAGGGCCAAAGCGGACGUCGGGUUUUAAAGCAAUUAUGAAAUCAAUAUUUAAAACAAACUUACCUUCGUUGACGUCGGCUCCCUUCUUUUAGCCGAUUCUUUCGCUCUUUCUUUCUUGAAAUUUACAAAAUCUUGCAAAAAUGCGAGCAAAAAUUAAAUAUAUUUGCAAGAAAUUUAUCAAUCAUCAAAUCAAGAAAUGUUUGCUAUUUCGCUGUCGUCAUACAGUCGACAGUCGUUAUAAUGCAAACUUUAAAUUGGACCAAUCAGUGUCCGCUAUUCAUGACAGUCCGCCAUAUUUUUGAGAUCAGUGAGGAUGACCACCCACCGAACCACCGAACCACUCACGGUAACCCACGCCCGCGCUCAUUGAUGAACUUUAGACUUGGCUAAUGCUUUCGUUUCCCCGGGUGUAAAUAGCCGGGGGGAAUUAGUACCCUCGCACGGCGCUUCGCGCCGUCGGCUCGGGGAUUAGAAUGGGGAUCAAAGAAACUAUAUAGAAGAAAUAAAGCCAGGCUGGCAAUAAUAUAUAAGUUCUCCAAUAGUCUGUUGUGGAGUGAAAAAAGAACGUGUGGCAGCUAUACCCUUAUAAAUAUAAACUGCAAAACGUUAAGGAGAAGGAACAGUCCCUUCUGCACGUGUGCCUGGCGUUUGCUUGCAGGGGAACGUCUCAUGAUUAUAUACAUUUUAAGACCUGACCAGGAACGACUGCGAAAAAUGCAGCACAAGGUCCGCUGGUAGGAAUUGAACCUACGGCCCUGCGAUUCCGGUGCAGCGCUCUAACCAACUGAGCUACAGAGGCCAGCUGUUGAGCUGUAACCGUAAGUUCAUCUAUAUAUCCGAUUACCUAUAUAUACAUGAACUUACGGUUUUGUGCUGCAUUUUUCGCAGUCGUUCCUGCAUGGUCAGGUCUUAAAAUGUAUAUAAUCACUUGGAUUACAAACCCUAACAUUCUAAUAUUAUUUCCACCAAGUGAAGUGCAAGAAACCACAUCAUUCAAGAACCUCUCAUGAACCUCUCAUUUCCAGUUCUAUACAUGCGCGAUGUUUCGGAGUGAAUUGCAACUUUUAUGAAACCCAAUCCAUCUAAUAGUAAACUACAUGUAAUGAAACAUGAUCUUGUAAGGGAGCAGCCAUUAUUAAUUACGAGGGGUGGGGCGGAAGAUAUUUUAUAACUCUUGAUAAACUUUUCACAGCUCCUCUUCUACUCGGGAUAAUUUUUCAUGAUCCACCCCAAGGUUAGUGUUACUUAAACAUCCCCCCCCCCCUUGCAUGAAGCAUUUGUAUACUGUAUCCCACCUGGGUUACCGUUUCCAUAUAACCGACCGUCCAAAGAUAAACGUGAAAAAACUAAGCGACUUUCCGAGUUAUUUGAUGAUUCAGAAUCUCGGUCAACUGUCGCAGAGAAAAAUGUAGGGGACAGAAAUCUUUACGACAUAGCAAUGAACCGCGUUAAAAUUUAGUACGCUACGUUAAAGAAACAAAAUAACCAGACAUGAACUUGAAACUGCUCAAAAUCCAACGUCUAACGAAAAAUUCAGUUCGUCCCCAUCAUGCAUUUGGAAUGCACGUAUAGCUAGGAUAUAAAUUUUCCACUUUGGUUAGUUUCCCUAAAUAAUCCACAGACAGCCUGGCUAGUGGAAAUAAAGUUAAAAAUCCCAAAAGAAAUUCAUUAUCGAAGCGUACGAUCAAAGUAGUAUUUAAAACACGAAAAGGAGUGUUUUAUCAUAUUUAAAACGCCAGACGCAGCCGUGCGUUUUAGAUAUAAUAAAACGCGAGUUCGAGUGUUUUGAAUAGCUUAAAAUACGACUACAAAAGAAUACUAAUUAGGAUGAACAAUUAUAUCAGAUAUAAAGUCACUCCACGUGUCAUAUUAUGGCUGACAUGAUUUGCCACAAAGUUUAUGAAUUUUUGAUGAGUAUUUUAAGGGUUGUUAGAAAACUAUAAGUUACUCUAAUUUUUAAAUCUAUAUUAGUGGUUCAUUUUCACAGUAUGUAUGGCGUCAAAUGCUCAGUUUGACUAAUACGAUUAUAUUUCCUUUUUGUUUUUAUUAUACUUCUCUGACAAAGUGGAUUUUAUCAUAGUGGACCAUAUUUGGUCUUUUACUAUAUUUCCUCAUUUUAUUUAGGGCUACAGUUUUAUUUGCAAGCGCCAGUGAUGCAGAUUUCAAUGCACUUCCGCUACCUGGCCUGAACUUUAGUCCUGGUAAUACUGACGAAACAAUUACUAUAGCAACCACGGAUGAUUCAAUUAUUGAACCCGACGAGGUCUUCGUCGUCACUCUAUCAACAACAAGUCUAAAUGUGCAAAUUGACAAGGUCAAGGGAGUUAUAAUUAUUACGAUCAAUGACAACGAUGGUAAGUGUAUUGAAAAAACAUUUCGGCCAAUGUAAGGUAAUCCGGUUUUCACUCGUUGGUUUCCUGAUUUCCCUCUUUGGAGUCCGUACUCCGCUCCUUGGAUUCCGGAAUCCACUAUACAUGGAUUCCGGAUUCCAGAAAAUUGGCCCAGGAUAAGGAUUCCAGAUUCCUCUGAUGUUUGGACUCUAGAUUCCACUGUCUGCAUGGAUUCCGCGAAUUGCAAAGCAAUUAAAAGUCGGUUUCUGGAUUCCUGGAUUACAACGUGGCAAUUUUGGUAACAAUUUACUGACUGUGUAAUAUGUUGUGUAUAUACAUUAUUUACCAAAUGCAUUCACAUAAUAUACCAGUCUUACUAUAGCUAUAGUUGGAACUUGUUCCCGUACAAAGCAUAUGUAUUAUAGUUUCGUUUCUUGUAAAUGUAUUUUUAUAUCUUGCUAUGUUUUAAGUGUUUUGGAUUGGCUUGUAACAAUUAAGUAACUAAGUGGAGUUGUUUGUGUUAAAAUUAAUAAUUAAAAUCGCCAAAACUUGAUAAAAAUCGCUCUCAAAAUGCUAAAAAAGCCUUGUAUAGUGACCCUAGAUUUUAAGAAUUUUACGACGGAGUAUACUCUCCAAACCAUGCACAAGUUCAUUGUACUAUAUUAAUAUGCAUGGACGUCAGCCUAAUAGUCAUGUAUUCAUGUAUUUUCAGAUAACAAACAAACAGAUUAUAUUGGAACUAGCGCACUGUGAAAUUACUUCGACGAUCUUUUCGGCUUCCCUUGGCGGUGAUUCAGUAUCGCAAACAAAUUGUAAGUCUUGAAAUGAAAUAACUCAUGGUAAUGGUUUUAUUUCUAGAAGUUCCCGAGUCCGCUUCUUCACUAAACAAUAACACUUAUGUCGUUAUUGGAGCCGUGGUGUCAGCGGUGGUUGUCCUAGUAAUGGUAGUCUUGAUCGUUGCUUGCUUUCUCUAUCGACGAAUGCCUAAAAGAGUGAACGAGCAAGAUAGUGCAGAUAACAUUCAAAAUCCUGCUUAUCGUGACACACAACCAGACGGAAGUCCAGACGAGUAUGCACAACAAAGCAGUUUCAUAGGAGGUCCCAUCGACGCCAAUUGUCAAUGUUUGAAAACCAGUGAUCAGGUGCAACCUGACAGAAGUCACAACUAUGAAAAUGUUCGGCGGUAUGCUUUAUUGAACACGCGUAACAAUUCUGGAAACGAAGUUUUUGAAGAAAAUGUGUACGAAGUAAUGCACUAA